GCGGCCGUGGUCAAAAGAAGAUAAGAAUCAUGAGCACGCUCAAGUGCACGACUGACAAGAUCGCUGCGCGUUCGUGCGGGUAUUUUUACAGCUGCGGAUCGAGCUGCUCUUCCACGGCCAUUGGGCAUCAUAGCGUUGCAUCCAGGCGAGGAACAGCAGCUCGUGCAACCCCUUUUCAACGCAGCAAUCAUGCGCUGGCAAGUGAUUGCAAUCCUCGCGGCAGCGCACGCCUUUGUGCUGCCAAGGCCAAAGCCGCAGCUGCGGCUACGAGCCGAGGACGACUGCGUAACAGCGGAGGAGUGCAGCGCGGAAGCGGAAGUCCUCAAACUGCAAGCGGAAACGCUGAAACUCGAAGCGCAAAAAGCGGAACUCCUCCUCGCGAAGGAGGUCGCCGAGCGCCAGCGACGCGUGCGCGAGGAGGAAGAAGCGCUGCAAGCCAUGGCCGCGACGGAGGAAGCGUCGAAGGUGGUUGAUCCUGCGCAAGCGGCGGCUCUGAGAGACGCCGAUUUUCAAGCAAAAGUACUUGAACGUAGAGACGAGGCCUCGCGCAAGCUCGUGGCGGAGGCCGCGGCCGAGGAGGCCGUCGUGCCCAUUGCUACCGAGGAGGUCGUCAAGACGGUCGCGGGGCCGGUCUUGAUUUCUGAUUGUGAGACUGCAGAAGAAUGUGCUGUGGAAGAACAAUCAAACAAGGAGGAGGCCUCUCUACUCAGUCUGGAGGCCGAGAAGUUGCGGCUCGAGGCGCAGAAGGCCGAGCUCGUGCUUGCCAGGCAGCGUCUCGAGCGCACAGCCCUGUGUGGAAUCAAACAGUGAGUUAUCUUGAGAUUUGUUGCGGAGACCUUCGUCAACCUGAACGCCAUCGAGCAGACGCAGGAAUGGAGGCAACCUCGCGUCGAUGGCGUGGAAUCUACACGCCAUCGAGCAGACGUGGGGCGCCCGAAAUUUGAUUUCCACACAGGCACAGCCAAGCAAGAAGCGGAAGCCUUCAUCGAGGGCACGCUCGAACCCGUGGUGGUGGAAGAGGAAGAGGAGGAGGAGGAAGAGGUAGUAGAAGUGACGCCGGAGUCCGUCGCCUGCGAGGAGGCCCUUGACUCGUUAUUCCCGGCCGCGCCGCUCACGAUGACGAGGGAAGCGGCAGACAUGCUGAGAAAAACGCUGUUCGACGACGAAAAGGGGUUUAGAUGCGACGCCGUCGACGUCUGUGAGCGGGGCGCUAUUUUCCGCGGCUCGACGCGGAAUCAAGCGGCCAAAGACCUACUAGCGACGUGUCAGGCGAAAGUUCCACAAGACUACCGAUUAUUUGCGUUAGAGGACCCCGUCCCACCUACUGAUGAAGAAGUAGAAGCAAGGUUGCAAGACGCAAGAGACCGCGCGCUGCUCGACAAGGACAUCUCCGACGGAAGUCCAGAUGCGCCGCCCAACGAAUUGAUGGCGGCGGCUCGUAGACCUACCGUGAUCAUCGCCGUAGCGUCAGAAACGCGACCGCUGCAGAUCGAGAGCAAAUUAGGCCUCGCGACGCGUUUAGCUGGCUUAGUAGGCACCGCUGGAAGUGCAGCUGCCUUCUCCGCGGCGGCCGGCGCGGGCAACGAACAGCUUUUCGAACGGUUAAAGGAUGGGGACGAAAGCGCCUUCGCCUGCGUGCUGCCCAUCGCCAUUGGUAUUUUUGCGAUCCUGGCCGUGCACGAGUGCGCGCACGCUGUCCUUGCACGAAGGGGAAGCGUGGACUGGUCUUUACCUGUGUUUCUCCCUUCAUUAUCGACGGGCUCAUUGGGCGCUUCCAAUGAACUCAAUGAAUACGCCCCAUCGAGAUCCGCUUUGUUUGAUACGGCCAUCGCGGGACCGUUAGCUGGCCUGGCGUUAUCUAUCUUAUUUGUUUUGAUUGGCUCGGCUCUACCACUUGAUAGUGCAACGGCGCCAGCGUUACCAGCGAUUGCCAUCCGGUCGAGCGCGCUCGGGAGUUUACUUGUAGCAAUCGGCGCGCCCUCGGCUUUGUCGGCGCCGCCCGACGUCUCCGUGGCUUUGCACCCUCUCGUUGUGGCGGGCCUGGCGGGUCUCGCGAUCAACGCUCUGGCCUUGCUACCGUUAGGUCGGACCGACGGCGGAAGAUGUGCCCUCAGCGCAUAUGGGCGGACACUAGGCGCAGGGUUGCAAGGAUUCGCAACGUUAUUCGUCGGUUUAGCAGCAUUGUUCGGAGGCGACGACCUCCUCCUCUUCCACUUGCUCUGGGUCUUCGGGCUGCAGCGGGACCCGGAGUCGCCGUGCGUCGAUGAAGUGACGGACGCGGAGGGCCGGCGGCCGGUCUACGCUCUGGCGCUCAUCGUGGCGGGUUUAUGUUUGCUGCCGCUCGCGCCGGCGGCGCCAUCGACCGUGCUGCCGGGGUUUCCCAGUUUAUAG